AUCUUUCAAUAAAAGAAAAAAAUUAUAAAGUGAAAAACUUCGCCUGUGAACUUCCUUUCAAGAAUCUGUGGCAUUCCAAAGCAGUCAACAUGUUAGAUAAGCCGAUCAAUUUGAAAGACGCUCGUAAAUUUGCACUCGAACAUUUCAAACGCAGACUAGCGCGACACGGCAACGCAACAAGACAACGCUCACCAACACCACAUUUGACGGCCGAUGACAGGAAAGGUGUAGUGCAAAACUAUUACGGUGAUUUUGGUAACGGCAUUGGCAUUGGUGGCGAAGCAGGCACUUCGUCAGUGGGUACAUUAAGCGCUGGAUCGCCAAUUUUCGAAACUCACGAACUAACAGCUCUACGGACGGUCACUAAGUCCACAAAGCCCACCGGUACAAAGCGCAAACAACUGCCGAAACGAACAAAUCCACGAACAGCUUCGUUCACGCCACUCACGAGCUUACGUCACAAACAGUAUAAACAGAGUUUGCAGCAUCAUCGCUACACCGAUGUGGAUACGAGCGCAUUGAGCAAGAUGGCACAACAGAAUGGUGAUAAUGAAACUAAACCGCUCACACAAGCAUACCUAACGGAUAAACCAAAAAUACAACCAAAAUAUGACGUCCAUCGCGAUGUGCUUUCCCACGAUGUGGUCAUCAAGCAGACAGGUUAUGGCGCACGCGACAAAAGCAUACCCUCCGGUAUGCGCCGCUCGUGGAAUAAUUGGUCUUUCCUUUCGCUGUUCGUUGGCAUUAUGCCGAUAGUACAAUGGCUGCCACGCUAUUCGUUGCGUCGCGAUGCUAUGGGGGAUUUGGUGGCUGGCAUAACGGUGGCGAUUAUGAAUAUACCACACGGUAUGGCUUACGGCAUAUUGGCUGGUGUGACGCCUGGUUGUGGUUUGGCGUUGGCGAUUUUUCCUGUAUUAGUUUAUAUGAUUUUGGGUACCUCGAGACAUAUAUCGAUUGGUACGUUUGCUGUGAUAUCUAUGAUGACUUUGAAGGUGGUGCAAACAUAUGCCACUGAAGAUAGUGUGUUACUGGCGCCGGCGGUGACGUUGGUGAAUGGCACGGCGGCGGUGGCGGGUGGUGCGGCUGAAGCUGUGAAGGUGGCGGACAUUAUAACGCCGAUAGAGGUGGCGACGGCGUUGGCGUUUUGUACGGGUUUGUUGCAUCUCGGCAUGGGCUUCUUUCGUCUUGGCACAUUAGCAGCGCUGCUAAGCGAUCCACUGGUUAAUGGUUUCACCACUGGCGCAGCCGUACACGUUACCGUCAGUCAAUUGAAAGAUGUGCUCGGCGUGCAGGUGCCACGUUAUAAGGGCGCAUUUAAAAUCGUCUUUACCGUCAUCGAUCUCUUCAAAUCUAUACCGAGCACAAAUGUCGUCGCGUUAACCAUUUGCGUGUGCAUUAUGAUCUUCAUGACGAUCUGCAAUGAGUUUCUUAAGCCGUGCCUUAGUAAACGCUGCCGCCUACCCUUCCCCGGCGAGUUAAUUUCCGUCAUUGGUGGCACAUUGGUUUCACGACUGCUCCAACUGAAUGAAAAUUAUGGUGUAACACUGGUGGGGGAUAUACCAAAAGGUUUACCUAUGCCUGAACUGCCGCGUAUGGAUCUCAUACCAGUAGUGGCGGUCGACUCAAUAGCCAUUGCGAUUGUUAGUUUCUCAGUGGUGAUGUCUAUGGGUUUGACAUUCGCGAAGAAACAUUCGUAUGAAGUGCGUGCCAAUCAAGAGCUCUUCGCAUUGGGUAUGGCGAAUUGCAUAUCGAGUUGUUUCUCCUGCUAUCCCUUGGCGUGUUCGCUCUCACGUUCGGUCAUACAAGAGCAGACCGGUGGUGUAACGCAGUUGGCAUCUCUCGUCUCGGCGGUACUGAUCAUAAUGACUUUACUAUGGAUGGGUCCAUUCUUCAGCACACUGCCACGGUGCGUGCUGGCGGGCGUAAUUAUUGUCGCUCUAAAACCGAUGUUCAUGCAAGCGCGAGAAUUGAAGAAAUACUCGAAGCAAGGCAAACUGGAACUGCUCACCUGGCUGGCGACGUUCAUACUGGUGGUGUUGAUUGAUAUUGAUUAUGGUCUUCUCAUCGGCAUACUGAUCUCAUUACUCGCGCUCUACAUUAAGGGUCUCAAGCCAUAUUGCUGUCAAUUGGGCACCAUACCCGAAGCGCCUGCGGUCUAUGUGGAUCUCAAUCAUCAUCGUAAUGCCAUUGAAGUGCCUGAAACUAAAAUCUUUCGCUACGUGGGCUCACUUAAUUUCGCUACCAAAAUGUAUUUCCGACAUUCUUUAUAUAGCAGCAUCGGUUUGGAGACAACAAAGCUGCAACAGAGUAAAACAGCAACAGCAGCAGUGAAAGCAAAUGGCAUGACUGCGCAAAAUGGCGAAGUGGCGCAUUUGAAUCCUUUCAAUUUCCUCAUAAUGGAUUUCUCAAUGUUGGGACACGUUGAUGUGGCGGGCUGUAAGACAAUAACCGACAUAAUGAAGGAACUGAAGGCGAGGGGUGUGCGUAUGUUCAUAUCCAGUCCAUCGGAUCGUGUCUAUGAUACGUUGGUGCACAGUAUGGCUUUGGGUGAGGGUCCGUUCGAAACUUUCCCCACCCUACAUGAUGCUGUGGAGUAUGCGCGUGCCUUUCAGGUGGCAUGAGAGUUGUGACGGUGUGGUUGGCUGGAAGAAUUCUAUAGUGUUUUGUGACAUUAAUUUGUUACUUUAUAUUUGUAAAUACAUACAUAUACACGUAUGUAUAGUGAUGUGCAAUUGUGGUGCAUGCAGCUGUGAAGUAAACUCGGGGAUGCUAUAUACAUAGAUACAUAAUACAUAUUGCUAAAUGAAUAAAGUUGUAUAUAAAAUGAAAAUUAUUAGGAAAUUUAUACAAAUCUUAAGGAGCUUUAAACAUGAGUGAGUGCUGACAAACAAACAAAAAAAAUCAUACAAUAAUUUAUGAAAAAAAAAUAAAAAAAA